UCAGUCAGUCAGUCAGUCACGCUGCGCGCGGCGCGGGAGCUGCGGGCGCUCGCGGCGUCUCCGGGGAAGGAGCGCCGCGCCUGAGGAGGCGGCGGCGGGAGCCGGGGGAGCGGCGGCCGCCGGACCAUCGAGCAGCAGCCGCGAUGGAGCAGUUAUCGGAUGAAGAAAUUGACCAUGGUGCUGAAGAAGACAGUGAUAAGGAAGAUCAGGAUCUGGACAAAAUGUUUGGAGCCUGGCUAGGGGAGCUAGACAAACUCACUCAGAGUUUGGAUUCUGACAAGCCCACGGAACCGGUAAAAAGAUCUCCUCUUCGUCAGGAAACAAAUAUGGCCAAUUUUUCUUAUCGCUUCUCCAUAUACAACUUGAAUGAAGCUCUGAAUCAGGGAGAAACUGUGGAUCUGGAUGCCCUGAUGGCCGAUCUUUGCUCGAUAGAGCAGGAGCUCAGCAGUAUUGGUGCAGGAAAUAGUAAGCGUCAAAUCACAGAAACAAAAGCCACUCAGAAAUUACCUGCUAGCCGACAUACAUCAAAACAUGGCACUUUGAAAGGAUUGUCUUCUUCAUCUAACAGGAUAACUAAACCAUCACAUGCCAACUACUCUCUGGAUGACAUCACUGCACAGUUAGAACAGGCUUCCUUGAGCAUGGAUGAGGCUGCUCAGCAAUCUGUACUAGAAGAUACUAAGCCCUUAGUAACUAAUCAGCAUAGAAGAACAGCAUCAGCAGGCACAGUGAGCGAUGCUGAAGUGCGCUCUAUUAGUAACUCCUCUCGUUCUAGCAUCACCUCCGCAACCUCCAGCAUGGACUCUUUGGAUAUUGAUAAAGUAACACGCCCUCAAGAACUGGAUUUGACACAUCAGGGGCAGCCAGUUACUGAGCAUGCUAUUUCUCUGAGAUGUUCCAGCAAGCAGGCCAAGCAUCAUAUUGACUUCACAGAAGAACAGGCUGAGCUGACACCUCACUCCUAUCUGGACAGGGAAACCUCCCUUCUUCUGAGAAACAUUGCAGGAAAACCUUCUCAUUUGCUGACCAAGGAAGAACAGGCAGCAAAAUUGAAAGCUGAGAAGAUCAGAGUUGCCCUGGAGAAAAUUAAAGAGGCACAAGUGAAAAAGUUGGUGAUUAGAGUCCACAUGUCUGAUGAUAGUUCUAAAACAAUGAUGGUGGAUGAGAGGCAGACAGUGAGACAAGUGCUGGAUAACCUAAUGGACAAAUCCCACUGCGGUUAUAGUUUAGACUGGUCGCUGGUAGAAACCAUCUCUGAAUUACAAAUGGAGAGAAUCUUUGAAGAUCAUGAAAACUUGGUUGAAAAUCUUCUUAAUUGGACAAGAGAUAGCCAAAACAAGCUUAUAUUUAUGGAACGUAUAGAAAAAUAUGCACUUUUCAAAAACCCACAGAAUUACCUUCUGGGGAAAAAGGAAACUGCUGAGAUGGCAGAUAGAAACAAGGAAGUGCUAUUGGAGGAAUGUUUUUGUGGAAGUUCUGUAACUGUACCAGAAAUUGAAGGAGUCCUGUGGUUGAAAGACGAUGGCAAAAAGUCCUGGAAAAAGCGUUACUUUCUUUUGCGAGCAUCUGGUAUCUACUAUGUCCCUAAAGGAAAAGCAAAGCUGUCUCGGGAACUGGUGUGCUUUCUCCAGCUGGAUCAUGUCAAUGUUUAUUAUGGACAGGAUUACCGGAACAAAUACAAAGCACCUACAGAUUAUUGUCUGGUGCUAAAGCACCCACAGAUCCAGAAGAAAUCUCAAUACAUCAAGUACCUUUGUUGUGAUGAUGUGAGGACCCUGCAUCAGUGGGUCAAUGGUAUCCGCAUUGCAAAGUAUGGGAAACAGCUCUACAUGAACUAUCAAGAAGCCUUGAAGAGGACAGAGUCAGCUUAUGAUUGGACUUCCUUAUCCAGCUCCAGCAUUAAAUCAGGAUCCAGUUCUUCAAGCAUCCCAGAGUCUCAGUCAAAUCAUUCUAAUCAAUCUGACAGUGGAGUGUCUGAUACUCAGCCAGCAGGACACAUCCGCUCCCAGAGUAUUGUGAGCUCCAUCUUCUCUGAAGCCUGGAAACGUGGCACUCAGUUGGAAGAGUCCAGCAAGGCCAGAAUGGAGUCUAUGAAUCGACCCUACACUUCACUUGUGCCCCCUUUAUCCCCACAGCCCAAACUGGUCACGCCCCACACUGCCUCACAGCCUUCCCCACCUCUACCGCCCCCACCCCCACCACCCCCUCCGCCCCCACCCCCGCCCCCCCCACCUCCCCCUCCCCUGCCCAGCCAAUCUGCACCUUCUGCGGGCUCAGCAGCCCCAAUGUUUGUCAAGUACAGCACAAUAACCAGGCUGCAGAACGCUUCUCAGCACUCAGGACCCCUAUUCAAGCCUCCUGCACCCUCAGUGAUGCAGUCUCUGGCCUCCACCUCACAGUCAGGAAAGCCUCAGAUCCUGGUGCCCCCCAAUGGAGUCGUUCCCCCACCGCCUCCUCCACCCCCACCGCCCACCCCGGGUUCAGCUAUGGCCCAGCUCAAACCAGCACCCUGCACCCCGUCCCUCCCACAGUUCAGCCCCCCACCUCCUCCACUGAAGAUUCAUUACGUUCAGCACACCACUCAAGUGGCUCCUCCAACGCCACCACCACCCCCUCCUACCCCCGGGCCCCUCCCUCCCCAAGCACCCCCCAAACCCCUUGUGACUCUGCCCCCACCGACCAGCGCCAAGACUGUGCCACCUGUUAUGACGCAAGCUGUGCCACCCACACCUACUCCUCCAGCCCCACCAGCAAAGAAGCAGCCAGCUUUUCCUGUUUCCCAUAUUCCACCCUCUCCCCCUGCUCCCCCAGGUCCGGUCCCCCCACCCACGUUACCCAAGCAGCAGAGCUUCUGUGUAAAACCACCUCCCUCUCCUCUAUCCCCCGUGCCCUCCGUGCCCUCCGUUGUGAAGCAGAUAGCCAGCCAGUUUCCACCCCCUCCAGCCCCUCCCCCUGGGGAGCCACCCUUCAAGCCUCCCUCCACAAAUGUGGCCCCACAGUCCCCUCCUGCUGUGAAAGCAAAACCCAAGUGGCAGCCCAGCUCUAUCCCUGUCCCCUCUCCGGAUUUCCCUCCUCCUCCUCCUGAGAGCAGCCUGGUGUUUCCUCCACCACCUCCUCCUCCUCCACCUCCCCCUCCUCCACCACCGCCGCCACCACCACCAGCCCCCGCCCCAGCCCCGCCUCCCCUGACAACUACACCCACAGUUUCUCCUGCCUCGGACAAAAGUGGAUCUCCAGGCAAAAAGACCAGUAAGACAUCCAGCCCUGGGGCAAAGAAACCUCCCCCAACCCCACAGCGAAACUCCAGCAUUAAGUCCAGCAGUUGUACAGAGCACCCUGAGCCUAAAAGACCCUCAGUGGACAGUCUAGUGAGCAAGUUUGCGUCGCCAGCAGAACCCUCAGGGUCUCCCAGCAAAGAGACCCCACCACCUCCAGCAGCGCCCCCCAAACCUGGAAAACUCCAUCUUUCUGGAGUCAACCUUCCCGGAAUUCUCCAGCAAGGGUGUGUGUCGACAAAAGCGUCUGUUCUGAGUGGGCGUGGAAAGGACUCUGUGGUAGAGUUUCCUUCUCCUCCAUCCGACUCUGACUUUCCACCCCCUCCACCUGAAAUAGACCUUCCUCUGCCCCCCAUAGAGAUUCCAGCUGUGUUCUCGGGAAACACCUCGCCUAAAGUGGCAGUUGUUAAUCCUCAACCACAGCCAUGGUCCAAAACAUCCAUGAAGAAGGCGCCUCCACCCACACGCCCCAAGCGGAACGACAGCACCCGCCUCACUCAAGCGGAGAUCUCGGAGCAGCCGGCAAUGGCCGCAGCUGUGCCACAAGUGCCCACCUCUCCCAAAUCCAGCCUUAGUGUCCAGCCUGGAUUCCUAGCCGACCUCAACAGGACACUGCAACGGAAGUCCAUCACUCGGCAUGGCUCGCUCUCUUCCUCCCGGGUAUCCAGAGCAGAACCCACAGCCACCAUGGAUGACAUGGCGUUGCCCCCGCCCCCCCCUGAGCUGCUUUCUGAUCAACAGAAAGCUAGUUACGGAGGUAGUCAUAUAUCGGGCUAUGCAACGUUGCGGAGAGGACCCCCUCCCGCUCCCCCCAAGAGAGACCAGAAUACCAAGCUCUCAAGAGACUGGUAGUUGCUACCAUAGGACUUUAUUUUCAUGGUGUCUGUAAUCAGUUCUACAAUCAGCUCAACUGAUCACCUAUGAAUUCUGGUGUUCAGAGCCUCCUAGUAUGAUGUUUGUAUUCAGGUAGUAUCCAGCUAUGUGUGUGUGUACAUGUUCGUGGACACACAGAGCUAUACAUAUAUAGAGAUAGUGUGUGUGUAUAUGUAUAUAUAUAUGUAUACAUAUAUGUUUGUGUAUAUGUAUAUAUAUAGCUGAGAGUGAGUCUAUUUAUUCCUUUUCGCUCCUAAUCUGAAAACGGGCUAGUGUAUUUUGGGUGGAAGAGGCAUGGAAGGGGAUGUGUGUCCUGUCCCUUAUGAUUUCUAUUAUCUAUCAUGUGGAUUGGACCAAAAACUUCUAAUGACUUACUUAGAAGGCAUUUUGUAAGUGUCCAUGUGCAGCUUCUCUGUGCAUGUUGUAUAUUAUAUAUUAAGGAAUAGACGUAUCAUGUGCUGUUUCUCAGUUUGAGAAGACAACAGAAUGUUUGGUGUAUCGAUGGGACUUUUGUGUUUGUUUUUUCCCCAGUUGGCUGACGUUCGAACUGCUUGGCUGACACUUCAUCACUCAUACGUGAAGGGGCACUUUAAGUCAGGAAACUGUCAGCAUCGUGGGUGGGUCAGUAGCACAGUACGGGGAAGUCGUCACAGAUGCUGCGUCUGUCCAUGGCGGGGCACAGAGUAAACAGGUCAUGGAACUAAGGCAUUCUAGCUGAGUCGUGCUGCCAUGAUCACACCUGUAUCUAGGAUGUGUUCAGUCACAGGUAAGCUCUUUGCCUGCCAUCCACGGAUAAUGGAGUGCUGUAAUCCCGGAUAAUUCUUUUUGUACUGUUGGAAUCUUUUUCAUGAGCUUUGUGAAGCCUCAUCAAGCUUGGCUUCGUGAUCCUUGUUUUGAUUUGUUGAAGAGAAUAUCUGACACAGUACCCCUGGAAUGCUCCAUCCCAGUAUGUCUUUGGGUCACCAGUUAUCUUACAGUGUGUGCUUUAGGUAGAUGUUGAUAGUAGAGAUCUGUAGACAAUUGCUGUAUCAAAUAUACACAUCCCAUGUCUGACACAGUGCUCAUUACACAGAACAAAAUCACCUUCUGAAAUGUGUUUUUGUAUGUUGCUCUAGGAUGGGUGAUUAGGAAAAAAACAGAAUUGACCCCUGUGUGGGUAUCAUUGUGUAUGGACUGCUGUGUAGAACAAAGAAUUCAUUUAAGUAUGGGACUGUAGGAGAGGGAGGGGAAAAUGAGGUUUUUGGCAAUUUCAUCCUUAGCUACUGGAGCACACUAGGAUUCUUGCUUGCUGUAGCCUGGCUGUGGAGAUUUGUCCAGGUUACCAGGUGUUCCGAUGGAGUAGUGUAGUCAAGUACAUCAGUGACAUUACAUAUUAUGCAUGUGCAGUUGGUAGAACAUGGAAUCCUGGCUCUAAUGACACACUACAAUUCACGCUAUGCUUAUGCUUUUUUUCUUUUCUUUUUUUUUUUUUUUUGUCCUGAGAGUUUUUCUUGGUAUAUGAGAGAAAUGUGUCUCAUCAGUUUAUGAUGAUAAAGUGACUGUUAGAAAUGCAACCUCAGAGCUGCUCUUAAAACAAUAAGAACUAGCCAUCCCAGCAGUGAUAAAUGAGCACAUCUUGUAAUGAAAGUCUCUACCUGUUGUGAAUAAGGAUUACCAGUGGAAACUGCAAAAAUCUUGGACAUUGUCCCAUAAAGAAAAAGUGAGGUCAGUGCAGUGGGGCAGAGAUAGUAAAUAAUUUAAGAAUAAGCAAAACAUGUACUAGAUACACAAGGCAUUCCUAUAAACCCACCUCCAAAAGUACUGCAUCAUCGAGAAUAUGAAGUGGCACCCCCCCCCGCCCUAUCUCUAGGAUAUUGGUCAGCAAUUCAGGUGGUUAUAAAGCAAUAAGAAUACCAUUGUGCAUUUUUCAAAGCCCUGCUUCUUUAAAAGAUACUUUUUGGAUCUUUUCAUUUGUUCUCAAAGUUCUGUGUGCUUGAUAUUCUUAGGCUUAUGAAGUGACCUUCAACACAUCUGCAUUGUUAAUUUAGGCAUGCACAGCAAUCUCCGUUGAGACGGAUUGCCAAGCUCCACUGUAACUCAUGAGUGAUGUAGUUUCCCAUGGUGUUCUUUCUGCCUACAGCUUUAUAUUCUAAGAAUCACCCUUAAUUUGUUGGGUAAAGUUACUAAUAGGAAUCCAAUGAUAAAAAUACUCAUCCCUAGGGUUUUUGUUGUGGUGAUGGUCUUUAUUUUAUAUGAAGGUGGACUUCAACUCUCCUGUAGGGGAAAACCAAUAAUGUUCUCUGUCUUCUUUCACCCAUGAUUUGAGCCCUAAGAUACAGCCUUGGUUUGUUCAGUGGGGGGUUCCCUAGGACUUCUUGGUUUCUGUCGGUCCCAAUAGCCGUCCGAACCAAUGCUUCUGAUGCACAACUUUCCGGAAAGAGCAGACAUCCUUUAGAAUAUGGCAGCAAGCAGAGAGCAGGGCCAGAGGAGGAACUAUGUCAUUUAUACCGCAGUCCAGUGGCUUGUCUAAAACAAGCCUUUACAUUUCUCCAAAGACAGAAAAGGCUAUUCAUCAACUUUUUCUCCCUUUGUUUUAUGUGAAACGCUGAAUAAUUAAAAAAAAAAAGACCAAAAUAAUACAUUAGAUUAUACUUCUAGCUUUUUAUUCCCUAGUAGGGUGGGAUUUUUGUUGGGAUGUAGUUCUGUGGGGUUCUUUUCAGACUUCUGUUAUUUUUGUAACUUCUCUCUGGUGCGCCGGUGGAGAACACCUACUGCCAGAGGACACUGGUACUGUGCCUUCUUCCUGCCUUCUGCUCAGCAGCUCUUCCAGCCCCAUGUGUCUUGCUUCUGGUCAGAGAAGAAAAUCUGGACAGCUGACGUGGCUGUACUGAAGAGUGAAAAGCCUGCUGUCGAGGGCAGUGCGAACAGGUGCCUGUUUCAGCUAGUGACACCCUUAACCUUUACCACAGGUAAUUUCAGAAUCGGAUCACCCUGUGUUUAAAGUUUUGGCACCAACUCUGAAGGGCACAGAACCUAUUUGGUUAAUAAAACAACAGACACUAGGUUCUAGAUAAAAAAUAUUAAAUGCUAGACUAUUCUGUAUUGAAAUUUUAUUCAUCUGGGCUUUUACUACCCAAAUACAUUAUUUCUUCAGAUGUUAUAAUUUUCCCUUAAGAAAAAUAUUCUUACGGCUUUUAUAGGUACCCACUUAACAUAAAUUGGGUUUUUCCAACUUCUGGGACUUCUUAAAGAUUGGUGACUUAAAAAUAACAGGAAACAAUUUUCAUCAGAAAAUUUCAAAGUAACGUAGACAGGAUGGUGUUUUAUCGCCCUCUAAUAUCAAGGAGCUCCUGCCCACUGAUGGCAUGCUCAGCUAAAGCUGUGAACUAUCUUGGAAGUCCUCUCUAUGAAAGUUUAUUUGCCACUAAAAACAAUGCCGAGUUUAUCAAGAAAGUUUAAACAAAAUUAGAUCAUGAGUAAUUCCCAUAGAGCAAUAACUAAAGAUCAAGAUUAAGAGAGCUCAAGCUUUGCAUCCAAUUAGAGUUUCAGAAGCUGCUUUUCUGGGAGAAUACAACUGCUAAUAAACUUGUGUCAAGGGUGUAAGAAUAUAAAUUAGCCUGGAAAAAAGUGUCAGGUAAUGGUAUAGAUUGGUUUUAUUUGACUGUCAAGCCAACAGAACUGUUUGUCACCUUUUUUCCUCAGCUAAAAGCAAUUUGUUACAAACAGGUGAUUUUAAACAAAAAACCUUUCCCUAGUUUGUUAAUUUUUUCAUAUACCUUCAGAGCUAAUAAAUUAUAACUGAUAUAAUGUCUCAGAUUUUAUUCAGGUUCAGACCAGUUAAGCCUGUGUGGUCCUCCUGUUUGAUUACAGGUGUAAUGAUUUGCUUGAAGUAAGGAUAAUAACCCGGAUUUGUAUACUAGAAGAGGUCUAUUUCUAGAACUCCCUGCUAGGUUGCAAGUACCUCUCAACACUUGGACUUUUGUUUUAUACGCUUUACAUCAUUUAUAUAAAGUGGGUUAUCCCUAACCCUGUAGGAGUAUGUGAUCAUUCAAAUUGAUGUGAUGAAUUAGAGAGAUGCGAAUAAAUAUCCCACUAACUUUUAAGAUUUGUUUUCCUUUAAAAAUCCAAUAGAAGAACAUUUCUACACCUUUACCAGUCUGUCCCUUCCAACUAAACAAGUUCUGUGUUCUCAAUGUACCAUUGGAAGGUCUAUAUGUAAAAGAAACCUAAAAUUUAGCUGUAGAAUAAAUUUGCUAAAUAAAAACAAUAUACUUGAUAAACACAUAAGGGAAAAAAAUCUCCAAUUUGUUUCCUCUUUGUUGAAGAGAAGACACUAACUGCUAUAAUCCCCAGUGCCUUGAACUCUUUUGGAGAAAUAGCAUUAAAAAAAAAAAAAUCCAACAAGCAAACUUUGAGGUGCUAAUGAAAGAGAAGGAAGAUGAGUAUUUGUAGUUUGUGCAGAAAUAGAUAAAGCGUCUGUCUCACAAGAGAUGGCUUCAUCUACCUGAAUGGGGUCUGGCCGCUUUCUACCAAAGACAUUUAGAGAAGUGAGUCGAGUCAGGGUGAUGGCAAAUGCUACAUAUUAAAAGAUGGCUAAGUUCAGAAGUGACCGUGUUGAUCACGGAUGGCUGUUAAUACCAAGCUUUCUACUGUUGAAGCCUCAACCUCUUCUUAGGCAGAACAUGCUUGCAGCACUUACAGAAAGUCUUUGCAUUUUGGGAACUGUCCAUUGUUUGUCAGAUUUAUUGUAACCUAAUACCAAAAACUGCCAUUUUUCAUGAUUCCUACCUACUUCCUGUAUCUUUUUUUGUACUUGUAAAUAAUCCCUCCUAGAAAAUAAGCAUUAACUGGAAUGUUUCAAACAAUUUUGCUUAAUUUCAUCAUUGGCCACUAGUGAACUCCUUUUAUAGAAAUGUACAGUACAAUAUCAUCAGCUUGUGCUAAAUGUUGUAAAAACACUGUUUACUGUUUUAAAGGAAAAUUGCACAUAUUUAACUGGGAUUGCUCCUUUUCCCAUUUCUUGAAAAAUGGAGUCAAGGCUUACAGUGAUACCUAGGCUGUGGGAGCUUUGCCAUAAAUAAAUAGAUACAAUGUAGGAAUAUAGUUUUUUAAAGCAUGAAAAAGAAGGCAAAAGGAACUGCAUUAUAAAGUACCUGAUAGAGGGGACAUUAUUCAAGCGAUUAUGCACAGCUCAGUAAAGGUGAAGUUACAAUUUUUCUUUCAGCUUUGUUGCUAUUUUCUUCUGCUUAAAUGUACGCUCUCAUUUCAUUAUGUGCCUUGCUCCCUGAUUGUGCAAACCUAUAUAUAGAUACAUAUAUAUAUAUAUAUAUAUAUAUAUAUAUAUAUGAGAGAGAUAUAUUCAGUACUACUGACGAUGUUUUUUUGUUCUGCUGGAUUAAGUUAUUUUCCAAAUUACCAGUUACUGUCAGCGAACUGUUGUAAUGGCUUAGGACAGUAGUCAUACAGUCAGUGUAAAUUUGUUUUCAGUUAUGUGUUUUCAUUAUGUCAGCUUACCCAAUCCUUAAUAAAAAGAAUACAUAGAUUUCAUUUAAA